AUGAAAAUAAUUCAAAUCAACACCAACAGAAGUCGCGCUGCUAUGGACUUGGCACUAGCUACGGCAAAGGAAGUUGGAGCCGGGAUUUUGGUCAUAAGUGAACCCAACCGCAAGGUUGUAUCAGGUAGAAAAGACUGGAUACAUAGUGAAGACUUAAAAACUGCCAUUAAAAUCAUAGACACUAACAUAGCCAUAAAUAACUGGGGACAGGGUCUGGGAUUCACCUACAUAAAUACUUGUACUUACACCAUAUAUAGCUGUUACUGUUCGGGUAACGAUGAAAUACGAAACCUAGAAGAAACUUUAGACGAAAUAGCUUACCUCAUCAGAACAAGAAAAGAAGAAGCUAUCAUAGCAGGGGAUUUUAACGCAAAAUCUCCGCACUGGGGAAUGAGUACCACAGACCAAAGGGGUGAGGUAAUGGAAGAAUGGAUAGCUGCCAAUGAUUUGUCAGUCGCUAAUCAAGGAGAUCAGCCAACUUUUCAGGUACAAAACUAUGGAUCCAUACUAGACUUAACAAUAACAACUGAAAAGCUAUUGUCAAGGAUAAUCGACUGGGAGGUCCUAGAAAGAGAGUCCUUGAGUGAUCACAAAUAUAUUUACUUUAGUAUAAAGGAAGAUUUUCCUCUCCCGUGUCCUAAACCAGAUGAUACCGGAUGGCAAGUCAGAAAGUUGGAUCAAGCAAAGCUUCAUUGCAUACUAGAUAAACCACAGCCCAGCUUGAAUACCGAACAACUAGCAGCAAAAUUCUCCGAAAAGCUUACAGAAAUAUGUAACGAGGUCAUGCCAAAAAGGUGCCGUUCCUCUAAAAGGCAACCAAUGUACUGGUGGAAUGAACGAAUUGCUGAAUACGCCGUGACUGUUUAA